CAUGACGGGAGGUUUCAGUCGGAUAUUAUGUGUCAAUUUAAGAAACACAGUCUUUUAGUUUCUGUUUGAAUAUUAUUGUGACACACACCUGGUGGAAAUAGUUUGUUUUUAGCCCGACGAGCUGCUCUGGUCCGUCAGUAAGUAAAAAUCCUCCUGGAAAAUCACCUCCUCUGGCAAGUUUACCAGAUUUCGAAAUCAGGUCUUAUCUGAAACCACAGCCUGGACACCAAUCCUCUUACUCAAAUGCAGUAUCUGAUCCAGAACACCUGGGAUAGCAAUCCAGUGGAUCAUGACCCCAUCAGGAUCGUCUUCUCUCCUGGCCAAGGAGGGCUGAAGAUCGAGAUGUUUGGUCCCUUCUUCAAUGACCCCGCAGCUCCUCUGGGGCCCCCUAGUCAGCCCUUCCCUGGACUCUGGGACUAUGAAGUCGUGGAAUCCUUCUUCCUUGAUAGUACGACAGAAAAUUACCUCGAGGUGGAGUUUUGCCCACACGGACAGCACCUGAUAUUAUUGCUGUCGGGAGUUGGCCAAGCAUUCCUGCAACAACUCCCCAUGGUGUUUAAUGCCACAAUCAAAGGGGACAGGUGGAUGGGUGAGGCUCUCCUCCCUUGGUCGUACUUUCCUCCCAAUAUCAACAAGAUGAACUCCUACGCCAUCCAUGGCUCAGGAGAGAAGCGCACAUAUGAGGCUCUCUACCCCAUCCCCAAGGAGGACAUAGUGGAAGGCCAGAGACCCAACUUCCAUCGCCUGGAGUAUUUCAAAGAUUUCCGCCUGCAAAGCAUCAUGGGAGAAGGUUGGGUCCAGCCAGGGUCUGAUCUGUGGAUAGGAAAGCCCUGAGCAGUUCAAAAAUACUCUAAUUUCCCUCUAUCUCUCUCUCUCUCUCUCUCUCUCUCUCUCACACACACACACACACACACACACACACACACACACACACACACACACACACACACAGACAUAUGCAAACACACACACACACACACACACACACACACCACGGCGGCAGGGCAAUAGUACAAACACUCAUUGACAGGGAACAAAGGACAAUCAAUCUUUAUUAGUUAAUGAUGCCAAACGAUAUGACAAGAAAUAUGUUAUCAGCUUGUCAGGGCGUAUUAGCCUUCACACACAUCUGUAUGAGCACUCGGUCACACACACAUCACAAGGCGUCGGACGUCACCCUAAACGGCCUUGGCAGAGUGUGACCUGCAGCAGUUAUACUGUGGAUGGUGGCGAGGAAUGCUCACUUUGACAUUCAGCUCCGGUGUUGCCUGUGAGUUUCCCUUCAGUGAGGUGAACCGCGGCAGUUUCUUGUGAUUCUUCGCACUGACUGCUGAGAGACACAAACAAUCACACGCCACUGAUGUGAAAAAUCUGGUUCUCUGAGAUACAGGCUGGAGCUUCUGAAUCACUGCUGUACUAUAAUUAGUUCCGUUGGCAACAUUCCUCUUCCUUUAUGGACCUCUUUCAACAGCGAAAUAUGUUUACAUAUUGAUUACAUGUUGCUGAUGAAGCAUGCUGUCAUUUUUUUUCUCUCUGUGAUUGUUUGAAAAGUGUCACUGUCAUUGUAUUCAUGAUGUGUGUGAUCACGUUUCAGUGUCAGGUCCAUUUAUCAAUGUAAUGGUUCAUUUUGAGAAAUAAACAUUUUAGCUGGUA